AUGGCGUUUCUCCUCCCUCACCUGCGAAGCGGUUGGGCCGUAGACCAGGCGAUUCUGACGGAGGAAGAGCGUUUGGUUGUGCUUCGCUUCGGAAGGGAUGCGGACGAUACGUGCAUGUCGAUGGACGAGACUCUUUCGAGCGUCGCCGAUAAAGUCAAGAACUUUGCUGUAAUCUAUUGCGUUGAUAUAGAGGAGGUCCCGGACUUCAACGCCAUGUAUGAGCUCUAUGACCCGUGCACGGUCAUGUUUUUCUUCAGAAACAAACACAUAAUGAUUGACCUCGGAACGGGUAACAACAAUAAGAUUAACUGGGCCAUGGACGAUAAGCAAGAGUUCGUGGAUAUUGUUGAGGUGGUCUACGCAGGGGCACGCAAGGGUAGGGGUUUAGUAGUCUCACCAAAAGACUACUCAACAAAAUAUAGAUACUAAAAUACAGCAGUCUGACUCUGAUUGCCAGGGGUAUUUGUGGCACUGCCCUUGUUUGCAUCUUCAGGAAUACUUGCAACUGUCCCGUCCCUCUGUGGGGCUUGAACUUUUCGUAUCUGAUUUGGCUUCCAGGAGUUUUGGUUGUGCCCAAUACGGUUUAGUUUAGACGGGUCACAAAGCUUAUUUUUCACUUCAUGUUCUCGAUUCGAUGCAAAGGCAUACCAUUUUUUUAGCUCCACAUGGAUAGCCUGAAUGCCACAAUAGCACAAACCAAGGUAAACCGCCCGUCCAAAUUCAACAUUUCAGGUUGAAUGUUGAGUCGAGGAAACAUGUUUUGGGCAUCACCUUCGAGAAAUGGCUGGACACGAACAAAUUAAAGCUCAAGCGCGGGAUCGCUAAUUUUAUUCGUGAAACACGAAGGUAACCGGCUGCCAGUUUACAAAGAAUAAAUAUCUAUGUAGAUUCAGUCUCCAAUACUAUCGACGGGCCGUCAGACCGCUAGAAUCGGCGCAAUAACGCGAGUUUAAGAUGGCGCACUGAAUCGUUGGGGUCAUCACGCUUCUUGCAUGGAAUUUUGGUCUGGUUUUAAGUAGAGGCUUUCUGUUGACGCGAAGCGGCUCGGCGGCAUCACCCUCAUUUAAAAAUAGUCGCCAUCCUGUCUUCAAUGACCGACGACUAUUACAAUUUAGGGAGGCGGCUCCGUGUAUUAGAUUCAAAACACCACUUGUUCC